UCACGGGCAUUUGAGAUUCUUCAGCAAUGAAGGUUCAGAUCCGAUCGUGUCCCCGAAGCAGCUAGUUUAAAAGCAGGCUGAACGGUAGAUAGGCCUACUUCAAGAUAACUGAGAGUUAUACAACUCUAGAGUCUACAAAGUUUGACUCUGAAAAAAGGAGGAAACUUUUACCUGGAGGUCCUUGAACUACACACUGCCGUCAGCGGCUCAUCAUGGGAGACAUCGAGAAAGGGAAGAAGGCGUUUGUGCAGAAAUGUUCGGCUUGUCACACAGUGGAGAAGGAGGGCAAACACAAGCAGGGACCCAACCUGUGGGGUUUGUUUGGAAGGAAGACUGGACAGUCACCUGGCUACAACUACACAGCAGCCAACGUCAACAAAGGUAUCAUUUGGGAGGAGGAAACGCUAGAUGUCUACCUAACAAACCCUAAGAAGUUCAUUCCUGGUACCAAGAUGAUCUUCAGUGGACUCAGAAAGAAAAAAGACAGGAAGAAUAUCAUCGCUUAUUUAAAGGAUGCCACCUCCUAGUGUUGUCAGUGCACAGCACACACACACACACACACACACACACACACACACACUGCUGUGGACAUAAGCGCUAAACUGUAAGAUCACAGUGUGAUUUUUUUGUUUUAAGUUUGAGUCAUAAUUUGCAUUAGAUUUUUUAAAUUCACAUGACUACGUUGUGUUACUCUGGAGCAUUGUUGCCACAGUGUUUCUGUGUGUGGGAGACUGUUUUUAAUUAUCACAUGAGUCCGCCUUCAAGUUACAUGUGGAUUUUCCAGACUGUUCUCAGUUAAGGCUUCUUAAAGGGGCAGCGUUGCAUUCGGACUUUCUGAGUUGUUUACCUACAAAUAAGACUACUGCUUGCACCUAAACUACACACUUUGCAUUUUUUGCCACUAGCUCUCCUGCUGCAUUGUUUGUGGUUGUUUUGUUUUUUUUACUUCCUUUAAACGGGUGAACUUUAAAAUUGUCUCUAUUUUCUUCUCUUGUCUAAGCCGGGUCAUCACUUUGAUUUUACAAAGCUGCACUACAAAAUACGUAUGUUGGAAUUUUUAAAUGUUCUACUUUCAUUUGACUUAAGAACGGUUGAGUUAGUCGUCUCUCAGCUGACAGGUUGGAGGUUCGAUCCCCAGCUCCUGCUGCUACAUGUCCGAUGUGUCCUUGGGCAAGAGACUUAACCCCAAAUUGCUCCUUCUGCUUUGUCUGCGACGUAUGAAUGGGAUUAUUUACUGAUGGACAUUUUACAUAGCAGCCUCUGCCAUUAGUGUGUGAAUGGUGUGAAUGUGUAGGUGUGACCUGCAGUGUAAUAGUGCUUUAAUAAGACUAAAGCACUAUACAAGCUCAAGUCCAUUUUCCGUUCAAGAACAGAAUGUUCUGAUGAAACUAUAUGUAAGUAACAAAGGUUUAUGUUAGAUUCAUUACCCUUAAACUCAAUGUAUAAUAAAAGGCUAAAUGUUUACAUUUAUAUACACUUUUUACAAGUUACUGUUUUAUACCUUUGUUUUUUUCUUUUUUAAGCAAUACCUUGUAUUGAGUAACAGAUGUGGCUUUAAAAACUGUCUUUGUGAUACUAAAGUACUCUCACUGGGA